AUGUCAGACUUGUAUAACACUUACAUUAACUCAUCCGGGAAUAUUCUUGACCUGAUCUUUUCCAACAGCAGUGAUGUUUCUUAUGAAAUCGCUGAUGAAGCUAUUUUUGAUUGUGAUAGUUAUCACUUACCUUUUAAAAUAAAUAUCUGUCCUAAAAUUGAUCCGCUGAAAAUUUGCAAUUAUAUUUAUGAUUUCAAAAAUGCAGACUAUGCAGCAAUUCUAAUAUUAAUACUUUGA